CGAGGCCGGAAGCGAGGCCGGAAGCGGAACCGGCGCUCCCUGGCCCCGCCCCCGGGCGCGCCCCGUGCGUCAGCGGCGCCAUAUAAGCGGCGGCGCCGCUCCCCCGGCCGCGGGAGCAGCGGCAGCGCCAUGUUCGCCGUCAAGCGGAACGCGGUCAUCAGCUUCAACCUCUACUGCGGCGGCGGCCCGGCCCUGCCGCCCGCCGCGCCCGGGGCAGAGCCGGCGCCGCCGCCGCCUGCCAGCGCCGCCCAGCCGCCUCGGGCCCUGGAUGGCGCCGGGAGACGGCGCUGGGCCGCCGCCGGCCCCCCCGGGGCGCCCCGCUCGCCGGGUGGCUGCGGCGCGGCCGCCCCGGCGGCUCGGUGGAGCCCGGAGCAGGAGCUGGACGGCUGCGAACCCGACUGCGACCGCGGCCCGGGCGGGGGCUCCCUGCCCUCCACGCCGCCCGGGCCCCCCGACGAGCUGUGGCAGGACUCGCUGGAGCUCAUCGGCCGCUACCUGCGGGAGGCGGCGGGCGAGGCCGAGCCCAGCGCCAAGAAACUCUUCCCGGGGCUGCUGUGCGGCCCCGGGCGGCCCCGGGCGAACGACGCCGUGAUGGAGAAGGCUCUGGAAACGCUGCGGAGGGUCGGCGACGGCAUCCUGCAGAAGCACGAACUCGCCUUCCAGGGGAUGCUGCGGCGCCUGGAGGUGCGGGGCGAGGCGGAGCUGCGCGCGGUGCGCGAGGUGGCGGCGCAGAUGUUCGGCGACGGCGUCACCAACUGGGGCCGCGUGGUGACCCUGCUGUCCUUCGGGGCCUUCCUGGCCAGGCACCUGAAGAGCAUCCGGCAGGAGCAGAGCGUCGGCUCCCUGGCUGCCAUCCUCACCGAGGCCCUGGUCUCGGACCGGCGCGAGUGGCUGCUGAGCCAGGGCGGUUGGGAGGGCUUUGUGGACUUCUUUCGAGUGGAGGACAUGGAAGGCAGCGUCAGGAAGAUGCUGAUGGCGCUGGCAGGCGUGGCUGGAGUGGGGGCAAGCUUGGCCUACAUGAUCCGGUGAGCCUGGGGCACAGAGCUGCAGAGGGACAGAGCUCUGGCCUGGACAGGCCCCACGGGGGCUGGAGAGCUGAUCACUUCCUCCUCUGGGCACUGGGCAAGCUGGACUUGAGCUGAGGAGAGCAGCUGGGCCUGCCCUGGGCAGCCCUCCCCGGCCUGCGCGGGCGGUGGAUG